GCCGGCGCGCAUGCGCAGCAGCCGCCUGGAGGCCGGAGCCUGGCCUGGGUCAGUCGGGGGGCGCGGCCGCAGCCCAGUGACAUUCCGGCCUGCUUUUCUGCGCUGUUUGACCAUCUCAUGCUCAACAGACGCCCAGCACAAAAAGGGGUCGAUGCUGAGUGGACAUACCUUUUAUCUCUGGAGAACCUGACUGCCUGGGGUAAGCGUGGAUUUCUCUCCCUGUCAUGGCUUGCCCCCCUCCUCCACCACAGUUUGUCCUCCGAGGAGCACAGUCAGCAGUAAAUACUCUGCAUUUCUCCUGUAGCAACAAGGCAGAUGGUCCCCCACUGCUGUUCUCUGGGUCACUCAGUGGGCUGGUACAUGUCUGGAACCUGCAGACCCGAAGAGUGGACGCCACCCUGGAUGGCCACGCGGGGCAGUCUGUGUAUUGGGUGAAGACUCUAGGGGACCAGCACUUGCUCCUCAGCCAAGGACGAGACUUAAAGCUGUGCCUGUGGGACCUCGCGGAGGGCAGGAAUGCUCCGGUGGAUUCCCUGUCUCUGGACAGCGUAGGCUUUUGCAAAGGAUCCGUCCUCUCUGAAGGGACCCAAGGAAGCUGGCUCCUGGCAGUGCCGGGGAAGGGCAUGGAUGAGGUUCGGGUUUUGGACAUGCCGUCCAAGACGUCAGUCUGUACCUUGAAGCCAGCGGCCGGUGCCAAGGCGGGCAUGCCCAUGUGCCUGGAGCUGUGGCAGCCCGCCUGCGGCCCCUGCCCACUCCUCCUGGUCGGGUAUGAAGACGGCUCGCUGAUGCUGUGGAACGUCGCCGAGAGGAGGGCACUGAGCCGCCUUUCCUGCCACCAGGAGCCAGUCAUGAGCCUGGGCUUUGACCCAAGAAAGGCCAAGGGGCUGUCGGGCUCCUCGGAGAAGGCGCUCCGCGUCUGGAGCCUGGAUGAGCAGCAGAACCUGAAGGUUUGCAGAACUCAGGAGCUCACCAAUCCUGGAAUAGCGGACAUCGCCAUCCGGCCAGACGGAAAGAUAGUGGCCACGGCGGGCUGGGAUCAUCGCAUUAGGCUGUUUGGCUGGAAGCAGCUGAAGCCCCUGGCAGUUCUGGACUACCACAGUGCAGCUGUUCAUUGUGUGGCCUUCUCUGAUGCGGGUCGGCCAAGCGAGCAGCUGCUGGCCAGUGGCUCCAAGGACCAGCGCAUCAGCGUGUGGUCAGUGUAUAACCAGCCCUGAGAAGAACCCCUUGUGGGCCCUCCCUUAAUCAGUGACUCCACAGGGGCCUCCAGGGGCAGCGAUGGACAGGGCUGGACUCGGUUUGGCAGAGCUGGGGUGAAUUCAGCCUCAACCACUUACUUUUUCUCUUUAUAAAAUGCUUUAUGUCCAGGUGAGGUCCCACAGGACACUCAGUCUGGUGGAGAAAGCUCUUUUUCCUGUGUCUCAUUUCCAAAAUACGAAAUGUCUAAGAAUACAAGCCAUUCCCCAUGGGGUUAAAUGGUCAAAGUAGAAGGAGAAGCAAUUUCCUAAGCGACAAACCAUCCAGGGGGAUGCUCCAAGUUACCAAUAAAGAAUUACAAACUAAAACAACCAUGUCACAUCCAUCAGUUUGGCAAAGCUGACAAAGAAGGAAAAUAAUGUAUGUUCUCGGGGCCAUGGGAAAACAGGGGCCUUAAUGGACCUCUGUUGGGGCUAUAGAUUCGUUCCCCCAUUCUGGAAAGCAAUUCCUAAGUUAGGAAAAUCUUUGUUCCAAUGAUAACCACCACCGGGCCCACACUCGGGGGAGCAGAAAUGGAUCCAAAUGGACAACAAUAUCUGCAGCAGCUCCUUUUCUGGUGGCAAAGAACUAGAAAUGAGGUGCAAAGGCUCAUGGGGGAUGACUGAAUGAAUCGUGAUGUGUGAUGGGGUGGAGCACUAUUGUGCUGGUUGCAGAGAAGCCUGGAAGGCUCGGAUAGACUGAUACAGAUGGAAGGGAGACAGCGUACACAGUGACAAGAGCGUGGGAAACGACGGGAAGUCUCGGGGACUCCGCUGAAACGGGUCUCGGGGUGAAAGGUGCCGCCAUGUCCAGAAGAGCUGACGGACCUUUUGUGCAGUCGGUGCAUCAGCCUGUUUUAAUGGCUGGCUUUUUGGUUUUUCUUUUUUUUUCCUACUGGGGCAGCAGAAGUGGGAGGGCAAGGGGAUCGAUUUUUGUUCAUUGAAAAAAAAUUAAAUUUUACAAAAAAGCAAACGUGUUUGCUUUUCACUUGGUUUUUCCUCGGCAGAAAAGUCUUGGGUCCCACCUUGAUUAUUCACUUCUAGGCAAAGCCAGGCUUGGGGGACUCUUCCUUUCAAAAAGGAGCCUUUUGUGACGUAGCAGCCUUAGGAAGGCCUCCCCUGAGCCUCAUUUCUCUACCCAAAGGGCUGACCUCUGUGGUGGAGCCCUCAUUGCCCGGAGAGCCUCAUCAUUGCCUCCCUAAGGAGGCUCCCUCGGGAGAUCCAAGAGCAGGUGUCCCCCUGACGUGCAACGUUCUUUGGUAGCCAAGUUGGGAUCGUUGUCCAGGGCAACAGCAAGAUUAUAAGAUGAUCAGUUCUGACAGACGUGGCUCUCUUCAACAGUAAGACGAUUCAGAUAGACAGCCUGGGACUGUGAACACCCUCGGAACCCUAGACUCCCGGCAUUCUCAGCUGCACAAGCUCCCUGGAACAUUUUUCAUUUCCUCAUGGGCUAAAGCUCCCGGAGCAGGCAGUGAAGCAUCCAAGCCCCUAACGGCCCCACGAGCUGGCUCCGCUUUGAGUAGCAGGCUCAGAAGGCUGACCACUGAGGCACAGGUUGCUUCUGCCACCAUGACAGGCAUCCCGAGGGCUGCUAUCUACACCAAGGGAGGCUCCUGGAGCUAAGGGCAGUUGGAGAAUCCCUGAGGGGGAGUCAGAAAGCCUGGAUUCUAGGCUCUUCUAGGGAUUUCAGAUGGAAGAGUGGCCUUGGAGUAGAUCAUCCGGCCUCAGACUCAGUCCUUACCUUUCCAGUGUGCUUAUGCACUGGUCUGUAUUCAUUCCCUGUGCUCGUGUUAUCCUCCAGCAGGCUCCGUGAGCACAGGAUCAUCAUUGGUCUCAAACCUGUGCAGGACUUCGUAUCCCUCCCACACCGAAAGUGCAGGAGGCCAGAGGGCAGGGACGAUGUGCUCUAGCUUCGGGAUCCCUGUGAAUGUCAGGACUUCCCCCAUAGAUCAAGGACCGCCAUCAAGAUGCACUUAGGCUGUAAUCUUGUCUAAGAUUCCAUGAGAGAGCUUCGAGUCGGGACAAAAUCCUCCCACCAUCUUUGGGAGUUUAGAUUCGAUACAAGGGAUUUAGAUUUAGAUACAAGGGAACUCAAGUCCCUUGUAUGUAUAUUCCUGUAACAGGAAAGAAGGAAGGGAAGGAG